AUGAACAAGAGCGCCAUCUCCUCCAACACCGCCCAAUCGGCCAACUCUUCCCAAAAUGCUUCUCCUCCAAAGUGGAGACCGUUUCCAGAAUUAAGGCCUAUUGAGAUCAUUCAGAUCAUGGAAGAGCUCCAUCUCCCAUUAUCCGAAGUCGAGCUCACCAAGCCGAGUCCAGCAAUUGUGCAACGAAUAUUUGAGGGGCUUAUUGCCCUAUUUAUGGGCAUGGGAAAAUCGGAUCCCAACUCCUAUUCAAAUGUACUGUCGCUGCUAGAGUAUCCAGAGCUACAUUCAGAAGCCCUUGCAUUGUCCUCCUUUCAUCGCUCUACAUCUCGGUUGAUGGAGGCCGUUGGAAUAGAUGACUUUUCGCUUAGGGAUAUCAUAAGCCCCGUAGGGUCUCGUUUUAGAAUGAUUCUUUCUGGGGUCAUCAAUUUUGCAAAAUUUCGAGAAGAGCAAAUUGCGAUCGUCGAAGGCCUUACUAUGAAAUCGGCAAAAAAAAAGGCCGAGUCUGGAAGGCUCCAGCUUCAAUCCCGCUUUUUGACGCUAAAGUAUACCAUUUCUCUUUCAUGUAAACUUAGAGAUGCUAUUGCUGCGGAAGAACCCAAAGUGGCUGUUAUUGAGGACCACAUAAAGGCCAUCUCUGCUGAGCUGAAGGAAUUAAAAACAAUUCAACUGCAAAUGACUUCACAGGUUGACACGCUCAAGGAGGAAAAAUCUGCGUUGGACGACAAACUUGCAAUCAAAGAAUGUUCCGCCGAAAUUGACUUGGAAAAGGACCAAAUUAGCUCUUUAGAAAAGAGCCAUAGAGAGACGCUUUUUAGAGCCGAUUCGCUUAACGAGUCCAUCUCAGAUGUCCAGCGAACGCUAGAGGCGAUGAACAUCGCCUUGGAGUCCUUGCAAAAGAGGUCUGAUGCUGAGCUGUCCUUUGCCCAGCUGUCGGACAAGGAAUCCCGUCUUUUGGCGGAAUUAAAAGAUGCCGAGAUCAGGGACGAACAGGCCCGUCGCCAGUUGAGUCUGGCCCUGGAGCGCACCGAAAAGCUGCAUUCCAGCCAAGCAACGCGCAGGACACUUUUCGAGUCGUCCCUUGGAACGCUGAAAGCUGAAUAUGAAGCCCUUUCUCGCGAACGACAAUUAAUUCAGGAGAAAAUAGAUGCCAACGAACGGCAAUCGCGAGACAUUGAACAACAGAUAAAUUCGUUGAAAAAGGCACAUCAAUCUGAUCUCUCAAAUUUCCUAUCCUCGUACAAAUGUCUUAGGCAGCAAAUCCACAUCUAUGCUACCGACCUUAAAAGAGCUAUAGGUGCUACAAAUUGCAACACAAUUCACUCUGAACCCUACGGGAGCAAAAGCACCACCACAGUCACAAUGAUUAAGGACCCUCCUCUUCAAUCCGGUCGUGGCGAUGAUGAAGAAAACACCAUCUCAUUGAGCGUAAAGCCUUUGAAGAUCUGA